CAAUUACGGCGACUUUAACUUUGAUCGACGAGGACAAUGAUUUCGUUCUUAAUUAGUCGAGUAAUUCGUACUCAGAGAUUGUUUUUGAAGGCACAGAAAUGCACGACAGCUGCCCAGAGUUGCUUUAAACAAUCAUAUACGAUCCUCCCUAAUGCAAUGUUACUGAUUCUGGCAGCGUAAUCAAAUCUCUCUAUCAAUGGCAAAUACAUUGAGGCCUUACUUGACGUGUAUACGAAAUACACUGGCAGCUGCUAUGUGUUUACAGAACUUCCCUUGCCAAGAAGUUGAAAGGCAUAAUAAACCAGAAGUUGAGUUCAAGACCAGUACAGAGCUUUUGUUAAAUCCUGUUCUUAUAUGUCGAAAUGAGGCAGAGAAGUGUUUAAUAGAAACAUCCAUCAAUUCCCUUCGAAUUAGUAUUAAGGUUAAGCAAGCAGACGAAUUGGAAAAUAUUCUUGCAAAGAAAUUUCUCAGAUUCUUGUCAAUGCGUGCUGAAGCUUUUGAGGUCCUUAGGCGAAAGCCAGUGCAGGGUUAUGAUAUCAGCUUUUUGAUUACAAACUAUCAUUGUGAAGAAAUGUAUAAACACAAGCUUAUAGAUUUCAUCGUCCAAUUUAUGGAAGAUAUUGACAAAGAGAUAAGUGAAUUGAAGCUCUCUGUGAACACUCGUGGGCGGCUUGUGGCAACAGAGUUUUUGAAACAAUUCACCUAAAUAUGUUAUAUUGGAGAACCUAUUGAAUAUUUUUCUGAAAGAUAAAAAAAUGGGCGAUUUUCUGUACAACUGGUAUAUUUUUUGGAAUUAUGAAAAAUAUGCCUGUAAUAGUUUAAAGGAUAACACUUCUUAUGCUGCAUUUAACUGUAAAUCCAAAGAAGACAGUUUUUAAGCAUUCAUUUACAAAAUUUAUAAGAGAAGACAAUGAAAAUCUUGUUUACAUAA